AUGCCUAGCCUACGACCUAAAGCGAAGCGGCAACAACUGAAAGCCGAGCCCGAAGACGAGAGCCCUCUGUCAAGCUCCGGGGUCGAAGAAAGCGACUGGGAAACACCUCGGAAGAAGCGAAAGGUUAACUCGGCAAGAAGAUCAAUAAAAAGUGAACAGAAGUCGAAGCCGGUAAAGGUGGAAACUGAAGAGGAUAUCUAUGCUUUACCCAUCGGUACGAGUGACGAGGAGGGCCUUUUUUCAGAUGUCGAACUGAGCGAUGGACUGGAGACACCGAAGACUCGGGUAAAGGCAGAGCCUGAACAGACUUUGAGGUUGGAAGAGAAGCUUCAAGCAAUUAAGGACGAGGAGAAGGAUGUUAAAUUGGAAAAGGGUAUCAAAGUUGAAAAGGACAUCAAGUUUGAGAAGGGUAUCAAAUCGGACAAGGAUAUCAAGGUUGAGAGGGACAUCAAACUCGAGAAGGACAUCAAAUCGCCACCGAGCUCGAGCCUCAAGCGCUCAUCGCAGAAGAUGCUUGGUUCCGGCGACAUCAAAGAGGAGAUGUUUGAUAUGUGGUCACAACCGAACAUCAAGAAGCGGCGCAGCGUUACUUUUGGGCGUCGCAAGACGCUGGACUCGAGCAUGACCGAGUCACACCCUCCUUCGAGCGCACCACCGCCAAAAUCCUCUUUGACUUCGGUUGAGCCAGAGCCAGAGAGCUCUGAUGACGAGUGGAAGGGGAAGCUGAACAGGGAGUUCAAAGUCCCUCUCGAAUUUGAUCCUGAUAACCUACCCAGCCCUUCGCCACCCCGAGAGAUAGCUGACUCGGAAGACGAAACAAUGUCUCCGCUCAGCUCCGCACCCAGUUUUGAUUCCGCCGACUUUCCGUUGAAAGAGGAGGAGAUCUCCGAACGCAAGUUCAAUCCAGCGGAUUACCUUUGCCCCAUGUGCAGAGCACCGGUAGACCCAGGGGCUUUGCUCAUGUUCCGAGCUCAGCCCAGGCAGCGUAUUCGAGACCAACGCAAAUUCUGCGAGUCACAUAAACUAUCAACAGCAGAGCAGGAUUGGAAGAACGCUGGAUACCCAACUAUCGACUGGGACAAGUUUGAUAACCGCAUCGAGUCCCAUUUUACCGAGAUAGAGAAACUGCUGGUCCCGGAAACUCCGUCAUACUACCGAAACUACCUCCAAUCAAUGCUGAAAGAUGGCAAGGCGAGGAACUUUGUACUCACACUGGAGGGCGAUGCGUUGGAGGUUUUGUCCUGCGGUUAUUAUGGGACUCGCGGGGCCGAGAAGAUGCUUCAUAGACUAACCACACGCUAUUCCCGCAAGCUUCGCCGCCUAGCGACAGAAGACCAUAUCGUGAAAAAAGCAGGGGUUGUUGGAUACACUCAGGCCGUGCUAGUCCCAGAACUAGCCCUCCGAUUGAUCAAGGAGGACAUGGGUGUCGAUGACGCUUCCGCGCGCAAGAUUAUGCGCGACAGCAUUGAUAUCGGUGAAAAGAUGAACCCCGCUCCAAAUGAUUUUGUGCCGGUUGGGGAGAACGAAGGGAGCGGGCUCUUUAACUAG